AUAUAAAAAAUAAAAUAGAUAAAGUGAGAGAGGCCGUGACACACACACGGGAUAAAAGUAAUGUACAUUUGAUGAUGAUUUACAAAAACGAGGCUGCGUAGCUGCGUACAUAAGUCAUAAAUGCCGGAGAGAAAGAGAAAGAGAGAAAGAGUAUAUCUGUAUAUGUCGGGCGUGUAUUUAAUAUUGAAAUAAAUAAAAUAAUACUAGUGCCUAAAUAAAGAUAAUUGCAAAGUUUUUAAAAAAUAACCCAUGUGCUGUUAAAAAUUAAAAACAAACAUUUUAUAAACAAGAUAUUUUAAAUAAAAUUUUAAAUUAUUCAAUGAUAAUUUAGGGACAUUUUAAUUGUCCAAAAGGGUGCCAUGAAUGCAGCUGUGAUACAAGUACUUCAGCAGGCAAGCAGUCAGGAUCCUGCUGUUCUUAAACCAGCUGAACAAACACUACGUGAAUGGGAAACACAAGCUGGUUUCUAUACAGCUUUAUAUAAUGUUUUUUCUAAUCAUUCCUUGCCAGUUAAUGUAAGAUGGAUGGCACUAUUAUGUUUUAAAAAUGGUGUUGAUAAAUAUUGGCGUAAAAAUGCUCCAAAUGGAAUAUCUGAAGAAGAAAAAAAAUAUCUACGUACAAGUUUAAUAAUAAAUUUUAAUGAACCAGUAAAUCAAUUAGCAACUCAUUUAGCUGUUGUUAUUGGUAAAAUAGCACGUCUUGAUUGUCCACGUGAAUGGGAUACAUUAAUACCAACAUUAAUUGAAGUUAUACAAGGACAAAAUUCAAUAAUACAACAUCGUGGUUUAUUGACACUUCAUCAUGUUGUUAAAACACUUGCAUCAAAACGUUUAUCAGCUGAUCGUCAAUUAUUUGAACAAUUAACAACAAAUAUAUUUAAUUUUACAUUAAAUUUAUGGAAUACAUUUACUGAAUCAUUUUUAAUAUUAUCAUCAAAUGGUGCUGAUAAUACACAAAUACAAGAAAAUCUUGAAAAAGCAUUAUUACUAUUACGAAUAUUACGUAAAUUAAUAUUAAAUGGUAUGCCAAUUGUAUCAAAAUCAGAUGAUGCUAUGAUGUUUAUACGUGAAUUAUUUCCACGUUCAAAAUCAUGUCUUGAAUGUCGUAAAACAUUACUAUUAAGAAAUAAUAAUAAUCAAUCAAAUGAUUUAAUUGAAAAAUUGGAAAAAUUUAUAAUACAUAUGACUAAAGUAUUAUGGGGUAUACAAGAAUGUCAUCCAAUAUGUUAUAUUGAAUUUCUUCAAUCAUCAUUAGAAUUUACAUUUUAUUAUUGUUUUACUGAUGCUGGACAACCAUAUGUAUUUACAAAAUUUGUUAUACAAUGUCUUAAUAUUAUGAAAACAUCAUUGAUACAUCAAAAUUAUCGUGCACCACUUGGUAUACAAACUGAGGAUGAAAGUGUGCUAAGACGUGAAUUAGCAUCUAAAAAAUCAUAUGAAAUAAAAGGUGCAUUUUUUACAAAAGAAUUAUUAAAAGAAAUAAUAAUGUGGCUUGUAACACGUUAUUUUUUAUUAACAAAUGAAGAUUUAGAAUUAUGGAAUAAUGAUCCAGAAAAUUUUGCAAUUGAUGAUUCACGUGAUUCAUGGAAAUAUAAUAUUGGUGCAUGUACUGAAUCAUUAUUUUUAUCAUUUUUUUCACAAUUUAGUGAUGAUAUAUUACCAAUACUUGUUGAAUUAGUACAAAAACAUUAUCAACCAGUACAUCCAAAUAAUUGGGAAGGUAUAUUAUUAAAAGAUGCUGUUUAUCUUGCUGUUGGUCUUGCUGCAUCUGAACUGUAUGAUGAUGUUGAUUUUGAUCAAUGGUUUUCAACAACACUAAAACAAGAACUUGAAGUUAAUGAUAUUAAUUAUAAAAUAAUAAAAAGACGUGUUUGUUGGUUAAUUGGUAAAUGGACAAGAGUUAAAUUAAGCAGUGAAUUAAGACCAGAAUUAUAUAAAAUGAUGGUUAAAGCAUUGGGCUCAAAUGAAGAUCUUGUUGUUAGAAUUGAAGCAAGUAAUACAUUAAAACAAGCACUUGAUGAUUUUCAAUUUAAUAGUGAAGAAUUUUCACCAUUUAUUGAAACAACAUUUACAUUAUUAUUUAAUUUAUUAAGAGAAGCUAAUGAGUGUGAUACUAAAAUGCAAAUAUUAUAUGUUUUAUCAUUUAUGAUUGAACAUGUUGGUGAUGAUAUUAAACCAUUUAUUGGUCCAUUUAGUGCAUAUUUACCAUCAUUAUGGCAAAUAUCUGAAGAUCAUAAUAUGUUAAAGUGUGCAAUAAUAUCAACACUUGUACAUUAUGUUAAAGCACUUGGUCCUGAAAGUUCUGUAUUAGAACCACUUAUUGUUGGUAUGGUUGGACUUAGUUGUGAUCUUAAUCAAGAUGCACAUGUUUAUUUACUUGAAGAUGGAUUGGUAUUGUGGUUGGCAUUAUUAGAAAAUGCACAAACACCAACACAAGGAAUAAUGGAUUUACUUGGUUAUAUGCCAGCUCUACUAGAAGUUGCACUUGAUCAAGUUACAAUAAAACCAGCAUUUUGUAUUAUUGAAGCAUAUAUAUUAUUAAAUCCACAAGUUUUUAUUGUACAAUUUGGAAAUAGAAUUGUCGAAGGAUUUAUAAGUAUUAUGUCAGAUUUUAGAAGAGAUGAUGCAACACAUUUAAUGACACUUUUAGAUAUUAUUAUGAUAGUUUCACCUGAUCAAGGUCCACGUGUUAUACAAAAAAUUUUAAUUAAAAUUUUUAAAGUUGUUUAUAAUAAUGAAACAAUUGAUUUAAAUGUACCAGAAAGUAUGUAUGUUAUUGCACGUGUUUUAUUAACAUCAAGAGAUAUAUUUAGUCAAAUAUUGACACAAUUAGCUACUGAAUUUGGACAAGAUAAAACAAGUGAAAUGAUACUUGCUGGUAUUAUUGAUGCUUGGCUUGAAAAAAUAUCAUGGGAUGUUAAACAACUUGAGCCACUUAAACUUCUUGCACUUGCACUUUGUUCAUUAUUAAAUUCAGCAAGUCCUACAAUUGUUGUACAAAAAUUUCCAAAUAUUAUAACAAGUAUUGUCGAGUGUCUCAAUGAUUUAAAUAGUAGCAAUGAAUCAAGUGAUCAACCACCAGGUUUUAUUGAUCCACUUUUAAUAACAAAUCUACCAAAAAAUGUACAAGCAUAUGGUGUUGAUCCAGAUACGCUAUGGCGUUCUGCUCAUGAUGCACGAAAAGAACUAUCAGAAAAUAAUGAUAUUGUUCACACUGUUUGUCUUCGUAGUUCUUUACGAAAUCAACUAAACUCUCUACAAAGAUGUAUGAAUAAAAGCCAAUAUGAACAAAUGAUUGGCUCAUUGAGUCCUGAGAUUAAUCAACAACUCGCAGAAUAUCUUAAUGAGCCAUUAUUUAAUAAAAUGUCAGAAUGUCGUAUUUGAUUGAACAACAAUUUCUGGUGGGAAAUAAGCUUGAAAAAAUAAAAAGCCCUUAUUGCCAAUUGA